CGCACGAGCCGGGGCGCCUGAACGCGGCGCGUUCUGGGAGCUGUGGUCCCGGCUGGCGCGCGGACUCCUCACUCCAGCGCCGCCGCGUCGCCUCCCGGAAGCGUCCGCCCGCGCGCCAGCGGGUAAGACCCAGUUCCAAGGCUCCAGCCAUCCCAUAUCUCACUGGAGGUCUGCUGCCCGAUGGCCAUCCCCAGGAGCCUUGUGAGCCCGGUGCCCUGGGAACAGGAUGACUUUCUGCGAGUGAAGGUCGAGGAUGAGGAGGCCAGCUUCUCUCAGGCCCAGCAGUCUAACUUUGGCCACCCCUCCCACCCUGAGGCUGCCCGUCUGCGCUUCCGACACUUCUGCUUUGAGGAGGCAUCCAACCCACGUGAGGCCCUGGCCCGGCUCCGGGAGCCCUGCCGCCAGUGGCUGCGGCCCGAGGCGCGCUCCAAGGAGCAGGUGCUGGAGCUGCUGGUGCUGGAGCAGUUCCUGGGCGCGCUGCCCGCCGAGAUCCAGGCCCGCAUGCGGGCUUGGUGCCCCGAGAGUGGUGAGGAGGCUGUGGCACUCGUGGAGGACCUGACCCAGGCACUGGACGAGAGAGGCUGGGUGCUGGGAUCUGAGCUCUCAGAGGCGAGCUGUAAGCAGAGCAAUUCGGACGAGUCAGAGCCGUCAGACAGGGCCACUGAAACCCUGGUAGGAGGGCUUUCCCCAGGACCCACCUUUGGUGAUGCCCACGAACCUGAGGGCAGCUCAGAGAGGCAGGCCGGACUCUCAGGGAAGAUGUGGACAGAGUCUGUCACCCAAGAGAUGGAUUUCAGGAAAACUUCAGGGCCUCACAAGGGCGCCCUCACAGACCAGCCCGGCUGUGAAGCUGGUGCUUUGGGGGACAGUCCCAACGUGUGGCCAGACUUCACCUCCCAAGAGAAGACUCCUUCCAGAGAGAAAGUGGAUCCACUGGAUGGUUAUGGCACAGAGCCUCCAGGCACAUACUUGGGGAGGAAGCCCUCCAAGUGUGGUGAGUAUUGGAAGACGUUCCGGAGCCCCUUGGCCCUGGAGGCCCACCAGAAGAGCCGUGCUCGGAAGAUGCCCCACACCUGCAGUGAGUGUGGGAAAGCCUUCAGCCGGAGUGCACACCUGGCCCAGCACCAGGUGGUCCACACGGGGGCCAAGCCCCACGAAUGCAAGGAGUGCGGCAAGACCUUCAGCCGCAGCACCCACCUCAGCCAGCACCGGCGUGUGCACACGGGCGAGCGGCCCUACGCGUGCGAGGAGUGCGGCAAGGCCUUCAGCCGGCACACCCACCUGACCCAGCACCAGAGGAUCCACACCGGGGAGAAGCCCUACGCGUGUGAAGAGUGCGGCAAGACCUUCAGCCGCAGCACCCACCUCAGCCAGCACCAGCGUGUGCACACGGGUGAGCGGCCCUACGCAUGCGAGGAGUGUGGCAAGGCCUUCCGCCAGAGCACCCACCUGACCCAGCAUCUGCGCAUCCGCACAGGGGAGAAGCCCUACAGGUGCGACGCCUGCGGCCGAGCCUUCAGCGACUGCUCGGCUCUGAUCCGGCACCUGAGGAUCCACUCCGGAGAGAAGCCCUAUCAGUGUCAGGUUUGUCCAAAGGCCUUUGCACAGAGCUCGUCCCUCAUCGAGCACUAGAGGGUCCACUCGGGGGAGAAGCCCUACAAGUGCAGCGACUGUGGGAAGGUCUUCGGCCGCGUCUCAGCCCUCAGGGUUCACCUGCAGAUCCACAUCACCGUCCUGCAGUGGCCGAGGAAGCCUCCCCACAGCGGCUCAGCAUCGAAGAGAAACCUGAGUUCUGAAAGAGCUGGGAGGGACGGGGCGGGUGACUGAUGAAUCCCCCCCAAAGGACCGGGUGCUAAAGGGCAAACUCUGGGGCUGUCCGGGAGCAACUCUUCAUUCUGGGACCCAGAUGGCGGCCCCUGAUGAACAUAAAGCUAUUCAGGUCAGCUGGCGAAGCUUCCAGAAGGCUCCUGCUGCCCUCCAUACCCCACUCAAGCCCAUCUCAGAGAGAGGACAGCUGAGCUGAGGAUGUGGAUUGGUCCUCGGAGCCAAGGCAGUCAGGGUCAAGUUGCUCUCAGGACAGUGGUCCCUGGAUGCUUGGGGCGGGGAGGCUCCAGCUUCACAUUCCCACGUGGCGUCUCUUCUUGCCCGUUCCUCUGCCGCGUAGCCCAGGAGGGACACCUGCCCAUGCCCACUUCUGUGCCUUCGCACGUGCUGUUUCCCUCCACCUGUUCACGUUGACUCCAAGGCCAGCUUGUGAGGCUGCCUUUUCCAGACCCUCAGCCUCUAUCGCAUUUUCCGUGUCCUGAGGGUACGGCUGGCCACUUGCCUGGCAUCCGUUUCUACCCCCCUCUCCUUCCACAUCCCACCAUCAGUCAGCCCUGUUGCUCUUGCUUACAGCCACCUCUGCUCCAUCUUCUCCACCACUGUUUCCUUAUGCGAGCCCACAUCACCUGUCACCUGGAUUCCAGCAGGGGUCUCCUUCCUGACCCCUCCCUGCUUUCAUCACACACACAUGCACACACCACACACGUCACAGACCACACGUCUA